AGUCUUGCUUUGGCUUUCGUAGCGUGAGCACCGUUCUCUGAUGGUGAUUGAGCGUGGCUGAGUUCAUGUGAGUGCUCCUGAAGAGAUAAUCCCGUCAGCAAACUUCCUGAUUCGUGUCAGUGGCCAUCCGGCAAGAUUUUCCUUUUCGACGUCUUUCAAUCGUCGGGCUUCGUGGAUCAACGUGGUCCGCCGCUGUCCAUGGAGUCCUCCACGUGUCCCAAAAGACGAAAGUGCGAUAUGGAUCGUGGAAGUGAUCGAGAGCGUGACUUGAAGCCACUAGAACCAAGGGAUUUAUCCGCCGCAGCAGGACGUCUCUUCCCUAAUGCUCAAAUUAAGAUUAGCACAUCACCUACAACAUCUCCCACCAUGUCAAACUCUUCAUCCCCAACCCCACCUUCAGGUCAAGGCCCUAUCUCACCGGCUGUGAGUUCAGGAGGCGGUAGCUACCUUCAUGCCAAUCACAAGCCCAUCACUGGUAUUCCUUGUGUUGCAGCAGCUUCAAGAUACACAGCACCAGUUCACAUCGACGUCGGAGGAACUAUUUAUACAAGUUCCCUUGAGACACUCACCAAAUACCCUGACUCAAGAUUGGCUAAGUUGUUCAAUGGAAGCAUCCCGAUUGUUCUGGAUUCCUUGAAGCAGCAUUAUUUCAUCGACCGUGAUGGUAUGAUGUUCCGACACAUCCUCAACUUUAUGAGAAACUCGAAACUCCUGAUAGCUGAGGAUUUUUCUGAUCUCGAUUUGCUUCUCGAGGAGGCAAGGUUCUUCGAUAUUGGCCCUAUGGUCCGACAAUUGGAACAGAUGAAGAAAGAACGUCUGCGCAAUGGGACCACCAGUACUUCCUCACCACCUCCUCCAGCUGGCAGUCGGCUCAAGAAUCCAGCACGUUCUGGCCUGGCUGAUGUGUUUGAGAUUGUAGCUCUGCACAUCUCACCGGAUCUUGGAGAGAGGAUCAUGCUGUCGGCGGAACGAGCUCUACUGGAUGAGAUCUUCCCGGAAGCACAGCAAGCUGUUCUCGAUGCAAGAAGUGGAGUGUCAUGGAAUCAAUUGGAUGGACGUCAAGUUAUCCGUUUUCCCCUCAAUGGAUAUUGCAAACUGAACUCUGUCCAGGUGCUCACACGUCUCCUCAAUGCUGGAUUCACAGUUGAAGCCAGCACAGGAGGUGGUGUUGAAGGCCAACAGUUCUCUGAGUAUCUCCUCGUUCGCAAGACAUCCAUGUGAUAGUGAUGAUCCCGUGAAUCUCAAGAAACACUCCACUCAUUCUCAUUCUCAGUGACAGCCUAGAUUUAUUGUCUCACGAUUCACAAUGUUGGUUACAAGAAAGUCAACAUGGCACUUGAUACUAGAGACUUUUGUGCGAGAGUGUUUAAACGAUGAUCAAUGUUUCCUAAUUAGAAAUAUUAUUAAAGAAAAACCGGAGAAUGGUGUGAGUGAGUGGGCAAAACACGAACAUUUCUCUCAAAUUAAGAGUCCUAAAAGUAUUUAGGCAAAAAAUAUUCAUAAUUAAAAAAAAUUAGUCAACAUUUGCGAUAGAUUUCUUCACCAGUGACUUAGAAUAAGUUACUCAUAUUAGAUUUUAGAUUUAUUUAAAUUAACUAUCCAAAAAUUCCAAGAAGAGGAAUCGCUUUAGACAAAUUCGCAUUAAGAUUAAAUGAUGUCUCUGCACAUGAGAUCACGAAUCACUUAAUUUUAAGAGUUGGAAACCCGAAAAUUUAUUAUAGGUUUCAGUAUGUCUUGUUUGUGUAACUUAUCUAAGGAAAUUCUUUAUUAAAUAAAGACGUUAUUCCUCUAAAA